AUGUCCGCCUUGGAUCAAAUCAAGCAGCAGAACGCAGCGCUCCAAUCGAGCGUGGGAAGCGUCUCCAAAGUCGCAGGACCGACUGCGAAGAAGUCCACGACAGCGACACCAGUGAAGCCAGCAACCAAAGCCGCCCCUGUUAAGAAGGCAUCAGCGGUGACUACAGACACAACGAGCCCAGCUGGUACGCCUGUGAAGAGGGUUCCUAGAAAGCUCAAUGCGGCUGGCACGCCUACGUCUAAUGUGACAAAGACAACGACUACACCAGCGGCUACAAAGAAGCUUGGUAGCACACCAGCGGUGAAAAAGGCACCAGUAACAGCAGGCAAAACGAGCGUCAGCGAGGUGUCAAAGCCCGCCCGCACACGCACACCUCUUGGUACCAUCAAACCCCUGCCCGCCAGGAAGAAGUCAACUGCAGACACACCAGACACCAAGCCCGCAAGCACCAUCAAAAAGACAACAACAAGCACACCCGUCAAAAGCACUUCUACCCCCGCAAAAGCCACGCCCGUCAAGGCACCUACCAGCAUAGGAAACAAGACCUCGACCGUCAAGAAGACACCAGUCAAGGUGAACCCGGACGGUACCUACCCAACCCCCCUCUCCAUACUCCAAGCUUAUCCACCCCCAGGCCACGACCAAGUCCCCCAACGCGCCCCCGGCGCCAUUGGCAAAACCAUCAACACCGCCACAGGCACGCUCAAUAAAACCGUAGGCACAACAACGGGGACGCUAAACACGAUUACGGAUUCGGCGACUGCAGGCGUCAACAGGACCGUCGAUGGCGUCACGGGGGUUGCGGGAAAGGGGUUGGAUAGGCUGCCUGCGGGCGUGGGCAAGCCGGUGAAACAUGUGACAGAUGGGGUGGGCAAGACGGCGACGGGCGCGGUGGAUAAUGCGUAUUAUACGGUUGGGAGUGCGACAAAGGGGGUUCAGGGGACAGUGAGUAAGACUACAGGAGCGCUGGGGAGGGGAGAUGUUAAGGGGACUGUUGCGGGGGCUACGAGUGGUGUUGGCAAUACCGUCACGGGUGUGGGCAAAGGACUCGGGAAUACCGUUGGUGAUGGGCUGGCUGGGCUAGGAAGCACAGUUGGAGGACCGGUUGGUGGCGUGGUGGGGAAUGUAGGUAAAGGCGCUAAUAAUGCUGUUAGCGGCAUCACGGGGGGUCUGGGUGAUGGCGUAAACAAGCUUGGAAAGGGGGAUGUGAUUGGCGGUGUUGGAAGCACGCUUGGGGGUGUAGGGCGCGGUGUUGGCGGGCUGCUAGGCGGUAUCACGGGGUAUGGGGAGGGGCGGGAGGAACAGUGA